CCGAAAACUACCCACAGCGGAGCAGUCCUAAACACAAGUCGUGAGAGCCAGCUCCACGGUUGCCGCGACAGUGAAGCAUGAGACCACCAAGAGGGCGUGGUGGCGGAGGGUUCAGGGGAGGACGAGACGGCGGAGGAUUUAGGGGAGGCCGAGACGGCGGCCGCUUUGGCAGAGGAGGAGGUCGUGGCUUCGGCGGUCGCGGUUCUUUUCGAGAUGAAGGCCCACCUUCAGAAGUCGUAGAGGUUUCUACAUUUCUUCACGCUUGCGAAGGAGAUGCAGUGACGAAGCUCACCAAUGAGAAGAUUCCGUAUUUCAACGCUCCUAUUUACCUGCAAAAUAAGACACAGAUUGGUAAAGUAGAUGAGAUUUUCGGCCCAAUCAAUGAGUCGUUGUUCUCCAUCAAAAUGAUGGAAGGAAUCAUUGCGUCGUCAUAUUCUUCCGGUGAUAAGUUCUACAUAGACCCUGCUAAGCUAUUGCCCCUAGCCAAGUUCCUUCCAUUACCCAAGUUCGUUUUCUUUCCCAGUUUUAUUACCAAUUCAGAUUGACAUUCUUACUUGUUGUCCUUAACAUUUUUAUUUUUCAUCAUGAUUUACUUGUUGUAUUGAUAGUUAGGUAAUGAAUUCAUUUAUGCAUUGUAAAAGUUUCAUAAUGCCCUAUUAUAGGUUUUCUCUAUACUAGAUGAUGCAAAAUAAGUUAUGAAAAACAUGAGCUGAGUUCCGAACGUAAAGAAUUGAACUAUGUUUCUUUAACUUAUUUAAAUAGGAAAGAAUAAAACAUUACAUAAAUUAGUAUUGGAACUUUGAACUUGAAACUUGACACUAACUGUGAUUUAACGAAAUUAAUUUUGUACUUGCUCUUGGCCAUAACUUCUUUCAAACUAUAUUCAAUGCCUCAAUGGGUGUAGUUUGAUUUCUAGCUUAAAAUUAAAAUAUUGGCAUUGAAUUUGCAUAACACAUAAAUACCAAUUUUAUUGAUGUACCAGAAUGUUUUUUGAGAUGUCUUUGGUGCACAGCCUAGUGAUUUAGGAUACAAAAACAUGAGCAGAAUACACAGAUAACUAGAUAAGAGAACUAGAUUUGGGAGAGGGGGGCAGCAUAUGGAAUCGUGAAGUGCAUAAUAACAUUAGAAAAUAAAAGAUGAGUCCAAGGCAUCAAAUCUAAGUAUGAAUGUAUGAUGUGUGCAUGCAUUUCAAUUAUUUUGAAAUGUGAUUUGUUGUGUUCGCAAGUAGUUUCCAUUUUCCAGAUGUGAACUUGCAUGACUUUGAUACUUUUUACAGGGGACAUCCACAAGCAGCCCGUGGUGGAGGAGGAGGUGGGAGAGGGAGAGGUAGAGGACGUGGAGGAGGCAGUGGCUUCCGUGGAAGAGGUGCACCACGUGGACGUGGUCCGCCAAGGGGCCGUGGUGGUUUUAGAGGCAGAGGUGGAAGAGCAUAGUAUUGGUGUUUGUAUCUUUUAUUUACUUCUCCCUUUUAGUUGUUGUGGUGCUUAUUUUAACAAAGGUAUUGUAGUAGCAAUUUGAACACUUCAUUCUGUCUUUGAGAGAAAACACAAUAUUUUCUCUGUUUCUAUUUAAAAAAGACUCGAGUACUCGAUAGCUUCUCCAAACUUCUAGUGUCUACCUACAGAAGCACAAUAUCCAUCCAUCUCUUAUAUUAGAAGCCUCAAGUCCUCAACUCUAAGGAAGUGCUCAUCACAAUUUUGUGGUCAUUUAUACAUUUUAUAACAAUUGUAAUUUUAUCCUUGCUGAAAUGAACCAGUUAGAAUAUAAUGUAUUCUUUAGGACUGAAAUUUGAUGGUCUGAUCUAGUCUGAUCUGGUAA